UCCACUUCCGUUUUCCUGCACAUGAAUUUCCGCUCACUAUCCCCACGCUGUAGCGUUUAUCAAGCUACAUUCAGUGGGCACAAUAUUGUAAGGAAAUUAGCGAAUCCUUUAACAAAAUGAGGCCUUUAACAGACGACGAGACAAAAACGAUGUUUGAGAAACUCUCCAAAUACAUUGGUGAGAACAUCAAACACCUGGUGGAUCGACCCGAUGGGACAUAUUGCUUCAGACUUCACAAUGACCGUGUAUAUUACAUCAGUGAGACAAUUCUGAAGUUGGCUACCAACAUCUCCCGUGGUAAGUUGGUGUCGGUGGGCACCUGCUUUGGGAAGUUCACCAAGACCAUUAAGUUCCGCCUGCACAUCACAGCACUGGACUUUCUGGCACCAUAUGCCAAGUUCAAGGUGUGGGUUAAGCCUGGGCAGGAGCAGUCCUUCCUCUAUGGGAACCAUGUGUUGAAGUCUGGACUGGGGAGGAUCACAGAGAACACCAACCAAUACCAGGGUGUGGUGGUGUAUUCCAUGGCUGACGUACCGCUGGGUUUUGGAGUGGCAGCCAAGUCCACCCAGGAGUGCAGAAGAGUGGACCCCAUGUCCAUCGUUGUGUUCCACCAGGCAGACAUCGGAGAGUUCAUCAGGUCUGAGGACACGCUCACAUAAGGAGUCGUCAAACUGGACCACCCUACAAACUGGACUAUCAAUUAUACACAGUGGUACUUCCCUCUCCCCGGGGACCACCCUACAAACUGGACCACCCAUUAUACACAGUGGUACUUCCCUCUCCCCGGGGACCACCCUAGAGGGUUGGGAGGUACAGCUGUGUGACACGUCUGAUGGUCCCUGAGAGGUUGGGGGAGACCCUGGUCUUCAGGAUAUGAUUGUGUAUUUCCCUCUAAUUUACCAAGGGGCCAGUGACGGUCUGGAUGGUUUCAUCAAGCUGUCAGCUACCAACAUCCUUGUCACUAUGGCUGAGUGACUUAGUCAGCAUCCCUGUCACUAUGGCUGAGUGAUUUACAUUCAGCUACCCAACAUCCCUGUCAAUAUGGCUGAGUGAUUUACCCAACAUCCCUGUCACUAUGGCUGAGUGAUUUACAUUCAUCUACCCAACAUCCCUGUCACUAUGGCUGAGUGAUUUACAUUCAUCUACCCAACAUCCCUGUCACUAUGGCUGAGUGAUCUACAGUCAGCUACCCAAUAUCCCUGUCACUAUGGCUGAGUGAUCUACAGUCAGCUACCCAAUAUCCUUGUCACUAUGGCUGAGUGAUUUACAUUCAUCUACCCAAUAUCCCUGUCACUAUGGCUGAGUGAUUUACAUUAAUCUACCCAACAUCCCUGUCACUAUGGCUGAGUGACUUACAUUCAAUCAAAAUAAAUGUUUUUGUAAAUUGAAUAUUUGAGGUUUUAUGUAGUAUUCAUAAUCUGUAUGGUUCUCUGGUUUAAGCGAUUUGCAUAAAUAUUAUUAUGCAGUUAAUUCCAUCAGCAUAACAUUAAAACUGUUUUGAUAUACUGAGAUGUUUUUGUUUUUUUCUCCUGAAUAAAUAUUGGAUCUGUUACUAACACUUAAA